CAGAAGUGUCUUUAAUUCGUAUUAUUUUUGUUUUUUUUUUUUUUCUCUUCCUGAAUCGAAGGAGAUUAUAAAAUCUCGUCGUUCGGCUUUCGACAAUCUGUGAACGACGACCAUGGCGCCGAUUCUCAGAUCCACUUCCCUUCUCGCUUUGAUUUCUCUCUUCUUCUUCUUAGCUUCCACUCUGCCGAUCUCAUCUGGGUCUGAGGAUAGUUACACAGUCACGGGUAGAGUAAGAAUCCCAGCAAGCACCGCGAUUGGUCACGCUGCAAAGUUCUCAAAUAUCAAAGUUGUACUCAAUGGUGGACAGAAUAUUACUUUCCUCAGGCCGGAUGGAUACUUUACAUUCCACAAAGUGCCAGCUGGGACUCAUCUGAUUGAAGUAUAUGCGCUGGGCUACUUCUUCUCUCCAGUGCGAGUUGAUGUUAGUGCUCGGCAUCGUGGCAAGGUUCAAGCAACGCUAACAGAAACUAGGAGGAGUCUUACUGAGCUGGUUUUGGAGCCACUGCGGGCAGAGCAAUACUACGAGAUGCGAGAACCUUUCUCUGUAAUGUCAAUUGUGAAAAGUCCAAUGGGUCUUAUGGUGGGAUUCAUGGUCGUGGUUGUGUUCUUAAUGCCCAAGUUGAUGGAAAACAUGGAUCCAGAGGAAAUGAAGAGAGCACAAGAGGAGAUGAGAAGCCAAGGAGUGCCUUCACUCUCUAGCUUGUUACCCGCUAGCCGCUAAGAAUUCCUCUGUUUUGACCCAAGAGUCCGAGACACGUAACAUUUACCUGACUAGCCUUGGAAGAAAUCAGCGUCAGGAAAUUCUUUAAGCGAUCUACCUUACUUUGGGGUUACAAUGAUUGGUGUUCAGUUAGUUGCAGCUUUUUGCUAGUCAGCAUUUGGUUUGGACUGUACUUUAUAUGAGCAGAGACUCUCAACUUUAUCUUCUUCUUUCUUGUUUAAUGGUUUGCUCUCUUUUACCUUUUUGUAGAAACGUUAUUGUUCUAGUGGGUUUUUAUCAAGUGAUUUACGUUUCUA